AUGGGCAAUGAAAGUUACAAACAAUUCACACCAUGGGGUAAAUCAGCCAUAGAUCCUUCAACAUCAACUAUUGUUACAACUAAGACAUCAGAAUAUAUAGUUUCUAAAACUCCCAUAGGAAUAGGUUCAUAUUCAAAAGUUUAUAAAUGUCAAAAUAAAACCACCAACAAAAACUAUGCAUGUAAAAAAUACAAAAAAUUAUUAAUUUAUGGAAUGGAAAAUUCAUUAAUUAAUGAAUUUCAAAUAUUAAAAAACUUAACAAAUUCAGAUCCAAAAUUAAUAAAUUUAAUUGAUUAUUUUGAAACUAAUGAUAGUUUUUAUUUAGUUACGGAUUUAGCUAAUGGUGGAGAUUUAUUUCAAAAAAUUACUGAAAAUGAUUCAAAAAAAUUAGAUAUUUCAACAUCAAAACAAAUAAUUAUACAAUUAAUUGAUUGUUUAAAUUUUUUGCAUAAAAAUAAUAUAAUUCAUAGAGAUAUAAAAACAGAAAAUAUAUUUUUUAAAUUUAAGAAUUCAAAUUCAAUAUUGCUAGGAGAUUUUGGAUUAUCUAAAGUGAUAAAUCCAAAUACUAAAUUAAAUGAAAUAUGCGGAACAAUAAGUUAUAUGGCUCCUGAAAUGUUAACUUCUCUAAAUCAAGGUUAUUCAAAAGAAAUUGAUAUUUGGUCAAUUGGUUGUGUUUUUUAUUUUAUGAUUAGUGGUUAUUUACCAUUUGAUUGUGAAACUGAAGAAGAAACUAAAGAUGCUAUAAUUAAUAAAAAAUAUUUAUUUGAACCAAAAGAAUAUUGGAUUGAAUUUGAUAAUGAUGUUAAAAAUUUUAUUGAAUUAUGUUUUGAAUUGAAUGUUGAAGAAAGAACUUUAAAUAAAUUGAUGGAUUCUUCAUUUUUAAGAUUCUCAAAGCCUUAUUUAAAUCAUAAAGUUUCUGCUUCACUGGAAACAAAUAGACCAAAUAUUUCAUCAAUUCAAAAACAACAAAUUUUAAAUAUCUUAUCCAAUAAAACUUCAUCAACUACCAAACCAAGCUCAAAAUCAAGCUCAAAUUCAAUAAAUUUUCAUCAAGGAGAACUUUGUAAAUCACCUGAUUGUGUAACUGAAUUAAAUACUCCCUUAAUGUCAAUUGAUAGUUCUAGAAAUUCUUCAUAUUUCAAAGUUCCUCAAUUUAUUGAUGAAAAAUUCAAGAGUUGA